UCUCUCCAUAUAUUUUUAAUGAAUUAGCCGCAUUCUCUUACCAGUACUGCAACCAAAACAAUCGUUGCGAUUCCACACUUGGUUUCUUUGAAGUUAUAUAUCAUAUAUAGAUCUAUAGCAUCCUAUACGCGGGUUGCUAAUUUCAUGGAUGACAUCGAAGUUCCUCAAUAUUUCAUCUGCCCUAUAUCCCUCCAAAUCAUGAAAGACCCAGUGACAGUCAUAACAGGCAUCACCUACGAUCGGGAAAGCAUUGAACACUGGCUAUUCACAAGCAAGAACAUUACAACAUGUCCGGUCAGCAAGCAGCCCUUGCCAAAAGACUCCGAUUUAACACCAAAUCACAUGCUACGCCGCCUCAUCCAGGCUUGGUGCACCCAGAAUGCUUCCCAUGGCGUCGAUCGGAUUCCCACACCCAAACCACCUCUCGACAGGUUUCAAGUCCUCAAACUCAUCAAACAUCUUUGGCUACCUCAGUUCCAACUGAAAACUAUUGGGCAAUUGGAGUUGCUAGCAGCUGAAAGUGAAAGGAAUAGGAAUCAUAUGGUGGAAGCCGGUGUUCCUAGAGCCAUGCUGUCGUUUAUUGGGAUGUGUUUCAAGAAAGGCCAAACGGAUGGUCUUGAGGAGGCCCUUAGUGUACUUAAAUUUAUCCCGAUUCCUUCGGCCGAAAUAAAGCAAGUUCUUGUGGAGAACGAUCAUAUCAUCGAUUCCUUGACGUGGGUUCUUCGUUGCGAGAUGAAAAACCAGAUCACGGUGAAAUCCCAUGCGAUGAUAGUGUUGAAAACAAUCACCAAAGCUGCGGGCUCGCGUGUACUAGAAAGAUUAGAACCAGAAUUCUUCAAGACGAUUGUAAGGGUUUUAAGGUGUGGGAUCACUCAACAAGGAAUUAAUGCAGCUUUGCAUGUGCUCUUAGAAACUUGUCCUUGGCAUAGAAAUCAAAUAAUAAUGGUUGAAGCAGGCACAGUUUUUGAGCUCAUUGAGCUUGAAUUGGGAUUUCCUGAAAACAGAACCACAGAGCUUAUUUUUGGGGUAUUAUUUCAUCUAUGUUCUCUUGCCGAAGGGAGAGCUCGGUUUCUGAAUCAUAGAGGAAGCAUUGCCGUGGUCUCGAAAAGGAUCUUGAGCGUUUCACCGGCAGCCGAUGAUCGAGCGGUGCUGAUCCUUACAAUGAUAUGUAAGUUCUCUGGGACACAUAUGGUGAUCCAGGAGAUGUUAAAGGUUGGGGCUGUGUCAAAGCUUUGUUCAUUGCUCCAAGUUGACUGUGGCACAUAUUUGAAAGACAGAGUAAAAGAGAUCCUCAGGUUGCAUUCCAAGGAGUGGAAGGAUUCUCCUUGCAUUGGUGUUUCCCAGGACCAAUAUCUUAGUGUCUCUCCACUCUUGCCCGUGCUUCGCCGCCGUUGCCGUCGAACCUUUCUCACCCUUCACCGACAAUGCUGUUGCACCCCUCACCUUCUUUGCCACUCGCCGACAUCGCCCUUCACCCGGCCCUCGCCUUCUUCAUGUCGUCGCCUCCAUCUCGAUCUAGCUGAGAGGGUAGGGAGAGGUUGGGCAAGGUAGAGGGAAAGGGGGAGGAAGUUGGGAGCGGCACCAGGCUGCCAGAUCGAAGAAAGGAUUUGAAACUUUUAUCUCUUAAUUUAAUUGGUAGAACAAAGAAAACUGAAAGCAAAAUGUUAUUUAUAAUUGGGAGGAAUAACACACGCUCAAGGGUCCAUGUCUUUCCAGGAAAACUCGGAUUUUUUUGGCUCCCGGCCACAGGUGUACGUUCUCAACUAUUUAAUAAGAAGUAGUACUCCUCCAUUAACGCCAA